UUCAAUUCGGACCGCAUUUCUGGCGCGGCAUUGCCACGGGUUGGGUUGCGCUGCACCGGAAUUGUUUUUUAUAUUGACAUACGUCCGCAGAUAAUCCAACCAGCCAGCCAGCAUGUCUGCCGAGGAGAGGGGAUCGGCGGCGCGCAUGCGCACCUUCAAGAACCGCGGCAAGGACUCUGAAGAGCUGCGCCGCCGGCGCCAGGAGACCAGCGUCGAGCUGCGCAAGGCCAAGAAGGACGACCAGAUCCUGAAGCGGCGCAACAUCUGCCUGGGCGAGGAGGACGCGGCCACCAGCCCGCUGCAGGAGUCUACCAAGGCCAACUCCGCCAAGCCGCCGUCGCUCAGCAUCGACGAGAUCGUCGCAGGCAUCCUGGGCUCGGACAAGUCGGCGCAGCUGACGGCCGUGCAGGCGGCGCGCAAGAUCCUCAGCCGGGAACGCAACCCUCCCAUCGACACCAUGAUCCAGGCGGGCAUCGUGCCGCACUGUGUGCGCUUCCUCACGCACGCCGACAACCCGCAGCUACAGUUCGAGGCCGCCUGGGCGCUCACCAACAUUGCCUCGGGCACCUCCGAGCAGACCAAGUUCGUGGCAAACCAGGGCUCGGUGCCGCACCUGAUCGCGCUGCUCAGCUCGGAGCACCAGCACGUUGCCGAACAGGCGGUCUGGGCGCUGGGCAACAUCGCCGGCGAUGGGCCGGAGCUGCGCGACUACACCAUCGGCUGCGGCAUCGUGCCGCCGCUGCUGGCGCUCGUGCGGCCCGAUACCAACGCCCACUUUUUGCGCAACGUCACGUGGACCGUCAGCAACCUGUGCCGCAACAAAAACCCGCCGCCGCCGUUCGAGACUGUGCAGCAGUGCCUGCCGGCGCUGGCGCUCCUCAUCCACCACACGGACACGGAGGUGGUGACGGACGCGUGCUGGGCACUCUCCUACCUCACCGACGGCAGCAACGACAAGAUCGAGCGCGUCAUCGAGGCGGGCGUUGUGCCGCGCCUCGUCGAGCUGCUCGGCUCCGAGCAAGGAAGGUGCGAAACGAAGCGGGCGCCAAUGCUGCAAUGA